UAAGUCUGGCAGCUGAAGUGAACAGUCGUGUUUUCUGGAGCUCCAACAAUAUGCUAGAAGGUAAGUAACUAUGUUUGUUUUGCAUUGCAUGUUUUUAUAUGUUUCAGACUUUCAAGCAGAGAUGUCAUGCUGACUGGAGUUGAGCACAGGGCAGUGACAAAGUGAAAGGUAAGUACUUUUGACUGAAUGUUUGUUCUAUGCAUGUUUUGUUUUAAUACAUUUCAGGAGUGCUUAUCCAGUGAUGAUAUGACAGUUGGAGUGAACAGUGGAGCCAAGCAGUCUUGUUUUUGGAGCUACUCAACAAGCCUUGAAGAUGCUGAUGGCAGUAAUGGGUUUUCAAGCUGACCUGAACAGAAAAGCACUCAUAUGGUAAGUACAAAAUAGUUGUUAUAUGGGAUGUUUUGUGCAUGCUUUUAUGUUUCAGGUGUACUUGCUGACAGCGACGAAGACGAAUCAAGAAGAGGAACAUUGUUGAGAAAGUGAUUGGGACUUGAAAACAGGGUAAGUGUAACACUUGUGUUUGUUUAAUUUGUAACAUGCGUGCUUUGCUCUGUUUCAGAUUUCACAUGCAGAAAUUAAACAGGAUUUCAACUGCUGAGACACAAAUCAUCAAAAGUAAGGUAAGUUUUAAUCCAUUGAUUUGAGUUGUACAAUGUGUUCUUUACUUUAUUUCAGAUUCGAGUCACUGGUUUACACAUGGAAGAAGAUUUCCACGUCUGUUACUCAACUCUACAGAAGCAAGUUGAUGUCCAGAUGGCAAGCAGUACAGACGUGUUUCUUGGAGCUGCCAAACAGUGUACUUGUAGUCAGCGACGAAGACGAUUCAAGAAGAGGAACAUUGCUGAGAAAGUGAAUGGGACUUGCAAACAGGAUUCAAGUUUCUGGUGUAGACAGAAAAUGUGUUUGAAGAAGGAAUUCUACUACUGUGAUUCAACUCUACAGAAGCAAGACUUACAUUGCUGUGACUGUUCCACAGUGGGUCAAAAAAGAGACGAAUACAGGUUUCAAGAAGAAAAUUGGCUGUUAAAAACCUGCACAAAAUAUGAGGUAAGUAAACUACUCUUUUGGUUUGUUUUGUGCUUUGUUAUGCUUAACUAUUUUUCAGAUUGGAAUGGUGGGUCGUUACAGAGCAGACUUUUGGACUACUGAGAAGUUGAGAAACAGAGAAUGAUUCAAGAUCAGCUAGGUAAGUCUUGAUUAUUAUGCAUUGCUAAAUGUUUUUUUCAUUCCAGUAUGGCUGUGGUAAGUACACAAACUUUCUAUAAUUUAAUAUUGAACUGUUUUUAUGACCUGUAUUCUGCAUUGUAAAAUGUCUGUUUUUCAUUUCAGUAUCCUGUGGUAAGUACACUAACUUUGUAUAAUUUCAUAUUGAAAUGUUUUGAUGACUUGUAUCCUGCUAUGCAAUGCUUAAUAUAUUUUUCAUUUCAGUGUGGCUGUGGUAAGUACAAUUGCCUUCUUUAAUUUUCAUAUUGAACUGUUUUGAUGAUUUGUAUACUGCUAUGCAAUGCUUAUUGUUUUUUACAUUUCAGUGUGGCUGUGGUAAGUACAAUUGCCUUUCAUAUUGAACUGUUUUGAUGACCUGUAUUUUGCAUUGUAAAAUGUGUUUCUUUUUCAUUUCAGUAUGGCUGUGGUAAGUACACAAACUUUCUUUAAUUUUCAUAUUGAACUGUUUUGAUGACUUGUAUUCUGCUAUACAAAAUGUGCUUUUUUCAAUUUCAGGUCAGCAAUGGUAAGUAUAGUGUGUUUUUUUAUGUAUAAUUUUGUAUACAUAUUGUUUUUUUUCAUCAUAGCAUGUAUUUUAUAUUUAUGCUUUGUGUAAGUAAAAUGUUCAUAAAUCAUUCUUAUCUUCAAACUAAAAAUGUAUUGUGCUAUGCAAAAUGUCUGUAUGAUUUCAGUUGCCAGAGGUGAGUACCAUUACAGUUGAAAAGUUAGUUUUGUUUAGUUAAAGUUUUGGUUCACAGUUCUGUUUGUUAUUUGGCAAAAUUUACAUGUAUGCAUUGAGUCUUGAUUUCAGCUCGAUUGUGGACUGAAGAAGAUUGCCCGCAGAGGGAUUGGAUACAAAAUACAAAGUAAGUACUGAGUUUCUUACUAAAAGUUUUGAGUUGUAUUCAUUGUAUGUUAAUAUGCUAUGAUUGCUAUGAACAUGACUUUUGUAUUUCAGCGAAGACAACAUAGGUAAGUAAAAUUGUUAUCUGUUUCAUGUUUACUGUUACAGUUCAAUAUUGUGUUUAUAAAUUGUAAGUUGUACAAACACAUUCAAAAGUUUCUAAUCAUGCUUUCGAUUUCAUUUCAGCUUUACUGCUAGACGAGUGUUCUCUACUACUUGACGAGUCAGCUUUACUACCAGGCGAGCAGUGACAACAAGGCGCCUUUGUGGAAACAACACAACAAAAAACUGUACUGCUAGACGAGCAGUGACAGAAAGGCGCCUGAACAUGCAACACAAAACAAAAAAUGCCAAUAUACAAACCUUGAUGUGAACACCGAGUAGUCAAUGCAUACGUGUGGCGUACAGCUGCGACAAAACCGUGGGUCCAUCGCACCGAUAACUCGAACAUUGGACCGCGUAUGGACAUCAGUGCAACUUUGUGAAUCCAUGUAACUUUGUGAAUCCAUGUAACAUUGCGAAUAUGUGUCGAUCGAAAAAUGUGUACAUUCUGCACUGAAACGAACUCGGUGUUGCAAGUGGCAAGUGUUGACAGUGUGUAUGUUUAUGUUUAUGUUUUUACAUGAAAACUAAAGGAGAUUGUUCUCCUACCUUUUUUUUCCUUGUUUUAUUGCGCUGGCCAGCAAUAUUGAUGUAUGUGUUUGUGUUUAAACUAUGCAAUACCAAAAUCAAACAAAAAUAAACAUUAACAGUCAUUAACUGUG